AUGGCGACGGCGCGGUUGGCCUGGGCCCUGCGGGCCGCCCCUGCGGGCGGGAGGCUGCGCGGCCCCCAAGGCACUGCGGGCGCCCGGAGGCUCAGCGGCAGCGCGCGACGGCUGGCGGCCAGGGGCACCAGCCCGGGACGCCGGCUCAGCACCGCCUGGGCGCCGGCCCAGCCCGCCCAAGAGGAGGCCGAGGGCGCCGUGUACGACGCCCACUCGCCUGCAGCGGAGGAGCCGCCGUGGACACUGCCCCCCGCCUCCCCCGGGCCCCCGGCCGGCCGCUCGCUGGUGCAGCGGGACAUCCAGGCCUUCCUGAACCAGUGUGGGGCCAGCCCCGGGGAGGCGCGCCACUGGCUCACGCAGUUCCAGACCUGCCACCACUCCGCGGACAGGCCCUUUGCCGUCAUCGAGGUGGACGAGGAGGUGCUCAAGUGCCCUAAGGCCGUAUCCAGCCUGGCCUUCGCCCUGGCCUUCCUGCAGCGCAUGGACAUGAAGCCGCUGGUGGUCCUGGGGCUGCCCGCUCCCACGGCGCCCUCGCGCUGUCUUUCCUUCUGGGAGGCCAAGGCACAGCUUGCCCAGAGAUGCAAGGUGCUGGUGGACGCCCUGCGGCACAAUGCCGCCACUGCCGUGCCUUUUUUUGGCGGCGGGUCGGUGCUGGGCGCUGCUGAGCCAGCCCCUCAUGCCAGCUAUGGCGGCAUCGUCUCGGUGGAGACCGACCUACUACAGUGGUGCCUGGAGUCGGGCAGCAUCCCCAUCCUGUGCCCCAUCGGGGAGACGGCCGCCCGCCGCUCCGUGCUCCUGGACUCACUGGAGGUGACCGCGUCCCUGGCCAAGGCACUGCGGCCCACCAAAAUCAUCUUCCUCAAUACCACGGGCGGUCUGCACGACAGCAAUCACAAGGUCCUGAGUAACGUGAACUUGCCCGCCGACCUGGACCUAGUGACCAACGCCGAGUGGGUGAGCACCAAAGAACGGCAGCAGAUUCGGCUCAUCGUGGACGUGCUCAGCCGCCUGCCUCACCACUCCUCGGCCGUCAUCACCGACGCCAGCACGCUGCUCACCGAGCUCUUCAGCAACAAGGGGUCUGGGACGCUGUUCAAGAACGCCGAGCGGAUGCUGCGAGUUCGCAGCCUGGACAGCCUGGACCAGGGCCUCCUAGUGAACCUGGUCAACGUCAGCUUCAGGAAAAAGCUCCGGGACGACUACUUGGCCUCGCUGCGGCCGAGGUUGCACUCUGUCUACGUCUCUGAGGGGUACAACGCGGCUGCCAUUCUGACCACGGAGCCUGUACUUGGGGGCACCCCGUAUCUAGACAAGUUUGUGGUGAGCUCCAGCCGCCAGGGCCAAGGCUCCGGCCAGAUGCUGUGGGAGCGCCUGCGGCAGGACCUGCAGACGCUUUUCUGGCGCUCCCGGGUCACCAACCCCAUCAAUCCCUGGUACUUCAAACACAGCGAUGGCAGCUUCUCCAACAAGCAGUGGAUCUUCUUCUGGUUUGGCCUGGCCGACAUCCGGGACUCUUACGAGCUGGUCAACCAUGCCAAGGGGCUGCCAGACUCCUUCUGCAAGCCAGCUUCUGACCCAGGCAGCUGACCCUCUCUACCAGCCCUGCAGGCCCUGGGACAGCCAGGUGCCUGCUGAAGGUGACCCGAGGCAGCCACAGGCCGGACCAGGCUUGUUGGCUGAGUGAGCUGCAGAGAAGGCAGCAGCCCCUACUCUACCCUGCCCAGAGGGGGGCACCCAAGUGAGGACAAGUGCAGGAAGGAGAAGGGCCUGCCCAAGACCCCCUACUUGCUCCAAAGCCACAACCAGAUGGCCUUGAAUUUUCAGUCUAGGGAUUUGGGGGGAGAAGGGCUUGCCUUUGAGAGCUCUACUCAAGGCUUAAGAGUGGGCCAGUGUCUGUGGUCUCUGUGCUGUUUUGAGGCUCCCCUGCCCAAAAUAUCACCCACAUCUGCCUGAUAUUCCACCAUUCGUUUUAGCUCCUUUGGGUCUUGCAACUUUUCAGGAGACCUUGAUUAAAAUGCAAAUACUUGUCUGAAA